AUGGCUCCUCGUAGCAAAAGGACCGAAAAAGUUGCUCCAGAAGAUUUUUGUAAUCUAUUGGUAGAAUCAGAAUUGGAAGAUAGCGAUGACGAUGAGGCAGAAUGCACGUUCGAGCAACAGAGCCGACGUAUUAGAAUCGGCAGCCAAGUAUUGACACUGGACGAGGAGCAAUUUGUUGAGGACGAUAGCGAUGAAGAUGAUUUUGAAGGAUGGUCAAGUUUGGAUCUAUUGACAAACGUGAAUGCUGCUGUUACGAAAACUGGUAUCGAUCAAUGGAAGUGGACUCCCAAGGACAAAGUAAAAUGGGGUAAAGGAAUCGUCAACAAACACAAUUUCGAAUAUCAACAGACGGAUGACGACGAUGCAGACGAAGAGUAUUGGUCACCUCUUGAAUAUUUUUCGAAAUAUAUUCCAGAGUCAAUCUUUGACGAUAUGGUGACAUACACGAACUUAUACGCAGAGCAGCAAGACGCUAAAAAAUGGAGACCCACGGAUAAGGCGGAAAUGAAAAUUUUUAUCGGACUUCAAAUUAUGAUGGGCAAUUUGAAGUUGCCGCGGAUCGAACUGUAUUACAGCAAGGAAUUGGAUUUGAAAAUGUUUACAGACAGCAUUCCAAUCUAUCGCUUCUAUUUGUUGCGAACUAACUUCCAUCUGAUCGAUGUCACGACCAUUCCGAAUAACUCGUCCGACAAAUUUAUCAGAGUUCGCCCAUUGAUGGAUUCGGUGCGACGACGAUGUCUCCAACUGCCACUCGAAGAAUAUUUAUCAAUCGACGAACAAAUGAUACCAAUGAGAGGCAGAGCUACGAAAGGAGUGAAGCAGUUUGUGAAAAAUAAACCAAAGAUCCGAUGGGGCAUCAAAAAUUUGGCCUUUCGACCCAAUAACAUAUUAAUCAUUUACAAAUACUAA